CUAUCAACCAUCCAACUAGCCCAGAGUAUCAAGUCCUCUCCCUGACUAGCAAAACGCUGGUGAUGCACACGUGCAGGGGCACGAAACACGAAGCAAGCAGGAGCAGGAAUAGAUACCAGGAAAUCGAUAUUAUUAUGGAAUGGAAUAGACACCUCUUUCAAAAUCUGGAAAAAAAGAAGAAGAAGAAGAAGAAAAAUCUUUAUUAUUCUCUCCCGUUCUUUGCUUGCUACUCCAAUACUUCCCUCUCUACGCCUCUCUUUCUCUUUCUGUGUGUGUUUCUGCUGCAGAACAGUUGCAGCUGCAUUUCUCAUCUUAUCACAUUCUCCUAAGGUUUACUUUUCAGGAAACCAAAGCCUUCUCUUUCUGCUCUGACUGUCUCCUCCUUUUAUUUCUCCCAUGUAAAUGAAGCCAGCCUCAUUGCCUUCUUUUAGCUAUUAAUAUCAGGAAAGAGAGAAAUGGAUGAAAAGUUCAUCUCAAGAACUCCUCCUCUUCCUCUAGAUAGAGGGAUUGAAAAGGCAAUUGUGGCCUUGAAGAAGGGGGCACAUCUUUUGAAGUAUGGACGGAGAGGGAAGCCCAAGUUCUGUCCUUUCAGGCUAUCCACGGAUGAGAAGGUGUUAAUCUGGUAUUCUGGGAAGGAGGAAAAGCUAUUGAAGUUGAAUUCAGUGACAAAGAUAAUCCCAGGACAGCGGACUGUAAAUUUCCAGCGGCAACUUCAACCAGAAAAGGAGUGUCAGUCCUUUUCGCUCGUGUAUGCGAAUGGUGAAAGAUCGCUCGAUCUGAUCUGCAAGGACAAAGAUCAGGCUGAAUCUUGGUUUAUAGGCUUGACGGCCUUGGUAUCCAGAUCUCAUCAUUCCAAGCAAUUGGCUAAUCUAAGACACGGCAGAGGGGCACAUAGUUGUGUCAAUAGCCCGAUUGGUCAUGCCCGAAGGAAGCAUAAUCUAGGACUUCUGGAGGACUCGCCAACACUUUCACAGGUGCGCAGCUUAUGCGGGAGUCCACGGCCUCUAGCGGAGAGGGGUAUUUCAGACGGUUUGUUAUAUUCCUCUGAUAGUCUUUAUUCAUCAGGACCAAGAAGUUCAUCAAAUGAGCAAACGGUAAUGGAUGUGAUUCCGCCUUCCCCAAAUUCACAGAAUGGCUAUUUCCAAGAGAAGGUGAGAGAAUCUUACCCUGACAAUGGAUAUAGAAUGAGUUUGCCCAGUGCAUUCAGCUCCUCCAAUCACUGGCCUCCUUCGACAGGCAAGGACGAUGUUCUGAGGGAUGUGUUGAUGUGGGGAGAGGGGAUAGGAGGGAUCUUAGGUGGUGGUUUGGACAGAUCUACUUCUUAUGACACACGAUCUGAUGCAUUACUGCCCAAAUUACUGGAAUCUACCAGCAUGUUGGAUGUGCGGAACAUCUCUUGCGGUGGUAAACAUGCUGCCUUAGUUACAAGACAGGGGGAGGUCUUCUGUUGGGGAGAGGAGAAAGGCGGACGGCUUGGGCACAAAAUCAAUAUGGAUGUAUCUCUUCCCAAGAUUGUUGAAUCCCUUACCGACGUCCAUGUAGAAUCGAUUGCCUGCGGCGAAUACCACACAUGCGCACUGACUCUAUCUGGCGAGCUUUAUACGUGGGGUGAGUGUGGUCAUGUUGAUGGCCAUUUAGGCGACGGAAGUAACAGAAGCUGGUGGUUGCCUCGUAGAGUUGCAGGCCCCUUUGAUGGCAUAUGUAUAUCGGGUGUUGCAUGUGGGGAGUGGCAUACAGCAGUUGUGUCCUCCUCCGGGCAGUUAUUUACAUAUGGGGAUGGAAUGUUUGGUGUUCUUGGGCACGGGAAUCUUGAAAGCACUUCCCAACCAAGAGAAGUCAAAUCUCUGAGAGGGUUAAGAGUAAAGUCCGUUGCAUGUGGGCCAUGGCAUACCGCUGCCAUAGUGGAAAUAAUGGUCGAUCGUUUCAAGGGUAAUUCUCCUGGUGGGAAAUUGUUUACAUGGGGUGAUGGUGAUAAAGGAAGACUCGGGCAUUUGGAUAAAGAAAAGAAGCUUCUCCCUACAUGCGUUGCAUCACUUGUGGAUCACGAUUUCAUUCAAGUGUCCUGUGGAAGAAUGCUGACUGUUGCACUGACGGUUACAGGCAUGGUCUGUACCAUGGGAAGCGCCGUGCAUGGUCAGCUUGGAAAUCCGCUAGCUGAAGAUAAAUCUGUUGCCAUUGUCGAAGGGAAUCUCAAAGGGGAAUUUGUGAAGGAGAUCUCGUCGGGAUCAUAUCAUGUAUCAGUCUUGACAACAAAGGGCAGUGUUUAUGCUUGGGGAAUGGGUGCAAAUGGAAGGCUAGGAUUAGGUGAUAUUGAAGAUAGAAGUUCUCCAUCUUUGGUGGAAGCUUUGAAAGAUAGGCAGGUUCUUAGCAUUGUUUGUGGGUCAAGUUUCACAGCUGCUAUUUGCUUACACAAAUCCAUCUCUAGUAGUGACCAAUCCGUUUGUAGUGGAUGCCGAAUGCUUUUUGGGUUUACUAGGAAAAAACAUAACUGUUAUAAUUGUGGUCUUGUAUUCUGCCAUGCGUGUAGCAGUAAGAAGGCCAUGAAUGCAUCUUUAGCACCAAACAAAAGCAAGCAGUAUCGGGUCUGUGAUCCAUGCUUUGCUCAGUUGAGAAACCAUGUGGAUUCUAGGCUAAGGCAGGAAGCCCCGAGUCCAAGGCCGCCCUUAGCAACGCGUAAGCCGUCCUCCAACCCGAAAGUAGAGAGGGAAGAACCGACAUCUGCACGGUCGCAUAUAUUUUCACCUAAGUUGUCGAUUCAUGAAGAAAUCAAAUGCACUGACGGAAGCAACCAGCAGUCUCUAGAUCCUGUUUCACCUUUGUUGAGCACACCUCCACGAUGGGGCCAGGUGGCAUGUCCCCCGCUAUUUAAUACUUCUGAUAGAGAAAAUUCUAUGAUGUUUGUUCCUCCGCCAAGAGAAGAAUUAUCUGCUGUUUCACCUGCUUAUGGACACAAGAGCCCUCCUAAAUUGAGAUCUAUGACUCCCAUUGCCAUGACUUUGGAACAAGGCUCAACUGAAUCAGAUAAGAUGCUUAAAGAAGAGGUGCAAAGACUGCGAGCUGAGGCUAGGAGCCUCGUGAAACAAUGUCAAAUGAGAAGUGAAAAGCUCGAACAAUAUCAACAAAGAAUAGAGGAUACAUGGUCCCUAGCAAGGGAGGAAGUCACCAAGUGCAAAGCGGCAAAAGAGGUUAUCAAGGUCUUAACAACACGGCUAAAUGCCAUGUCGGAGAAAUUUUCGUCAGGAAGAGAACCGAGCAGCAUGAGAUCCAUAGCAGAAAAGGUUGACUUGCAUCAACCCCAAAUCACACCCGUCUGUGCAGAAUCUCUGGAGUUUGAUGAUAUGAGGUCGAUGUUUGGUAGCAUGCAUUUGUCUUCUGACGUCCGCAUUCUUAAAAACAGGCAAAUGAAUGAUUUAUGUAGCCCACCUCUUCCAUCGUGUGAUAAGUUGACGAGCAUGCAUGUGAGAGACGGUCAUCAUGGCCACACAAAGUCUGUCGAUAAUUCCCUUGUAGCAAGGACAAUCACCAGGCAAAACCGCACGAGAGACCAUCAUCAUGGCCACACAAAGUCUGUUGAUGAUUCACUUGUAGCAAGGACAGAUACCGGACAAAACGGCAUGAGAGACCAUCAUCAUGGCCACACAAAGUCUGUGGAUGAUUCCCUUGUGGCAAAGAUGGAUACCGGACAGAAUGGCAUGAAUGCAUUGAAAGCAGAUUGGGUAGAGCAAGAUGACCCUGGUGUAUAUAUUACAUUCAUGACAUUGCCAUGCGGCCAGAAGGGCCUCAAGCGCGUGAGAUUCAGUCGGAAGCGUUUCACCCAGAAGGAAGCUGAGCUAUGGUGGGAAGAGAAUCAGCUAAGAGUAUAUCAAAAGUAUGACAUUGAAGGAAUCGUUAGCUCGAGCACAAACAGGAUGAGCAGCUGAUGAUUCUUCUCAACUGGCCUUUUGAACCUGCCUUCAUAUUUGGUCUCUUGGCGCAAAUAAAGCAGGCGCCGAGAGGAUGUGGGUCUAUCAAACGACCAUUAUUCUGCACAAAAUAACUGAAAAUGGUGAAGGGAUUGAAGCAGAUUGAUUUUGACAGACUGGGUGGUGGUGAUUUUUUUUUUUUUUUUCUUUUCCUUUUUCUUUUCUUUUUCUUAACAGGUUGCAAUUCAGUGAGGGGCCACUCACAUAGGGGGGUGGAAACAUGUUAGAGAUCCAGGUGCAUGGCGCACAUGCUGGAGAUCCGUGCCGUUCAUCAGGUAGUGCUCGCUGUAUGCAUACCAGAAAUCAGGCAGUGCACUUAUCAUGUGAGCCACGUGUACAUUCUAACCACCAAUUUUCUCCAUACAAGUUAGGCCGGCCUGAUCAGAAUUAUUUCCGGUCCAUGGCAUAAUCACGUGUACCCUACUUGAUGAAUGGCCUGGAUCAAUGACAAGUACAGCGCACAGUCGGAUCUCUCUGACAUGCUUCUGUGCCCCAUGUGAGUGGCCCCUCAUUGAAUCACCGGCCUUUUCUUUAAUAACCUCAGAUUCUUAGUGUUGAAGAGAGUGAUCAAAUGUCACAUUUUUUGUUAUUCUUGUUUUUUUUUUUUUUUUUUUUUUUUUUUUUAAAUUUUUUUUUUUAAUCUGCAUGUAACCAUGCUUGGAAAUAUGAAUGUCCAGCCUUUUUUGUCUUCCAUUGUA